UCGUCAUUCGUCUCGGAAUUUCGUGCGAAAAAUUUUGUCAUCAUCCGUGUUCCGCGACGAUUUGUCCGUAAUUUUCUGUUUCCGAGCGGAACUUACCCCAGAGUUUGUGUGUUUGUCCUUAGUUAUUCCGCUCAUCAGCUGCGGUUUUGUUGGUGCUAUUCACCGAUGUUUCGGCUGUGAAACUUUAAUCGGAGGCGACGAGCUUAAUUUUUCGGUGAUUUUUUUGUGGGCAAGGGAAAUCUCCAGAGCACGGGUCCCUGAUAAGCGAGAAAGUAGUGUCAUCAUCUGUUUGGCAAAAGCACCAACCUUGUGGAAGAAGAAAAGUAAAAAUAUUCCGGGGGAGGUAGCCGUGUGACGUACAGUGCCCGGAGUGCAAAAAGGGGAGUGCAUUGUUAUCGCCCCGAAGAGGCCAAAAGUGAUGACACUGGAUGCGAGCGUACUGCCAUCAGAGCUGGUCACAACCGCCCAGCCAUUGGUCGGACUUUCCGGGCUGGACGUGCAGCGAAAUGCUACCCAUAAAACAAUUUGGGAUGCGUUUCACAAUAGUAAAAAACCGGAGAGCGAAUCGAUCCAGUAUAAACUACUUCCCGCGAACUACGAGUUUCCGGUUUCGAAGCCGACACGGCAAUCCUACGAUUGGUACCAUCCGAAGGGAAUACUCAAACGAAACUGGAUGCUAAAGCAUCUUCAUGUUCUUCCAGCGGUGGUGGUUCUGUUUCAGGAUUUGGAAUGGAACGAUCCUCAGUGGAGUGAGAAGCAGAGGGAUUGUGCUUCCAUGAUUCAAUCGCUGAAGAACUCAUUGCAAGGCCGGCAUACCCGGAUAGCAGUGGUUCUUCUUCAAAAGGGAACCGUGCUUCCUCAAGGUGAUGACCUUUUGGCUUCUGAACGAGCAGCUCACCUUACGAAUAACUGCGACAUCAAUGCUAAAAUGUUGUUUGUCUUGACCCAUAACGAUCACCUGAUGGGACAAAUCCUUCGUUUGCAGUCCGCUUUCCUUGAACUGGCUCAAUCAUGUUACACUCAAAUCAUGAAGCAAAUUCGUUCGCACAAGGAUCAACUCACCGAGAACCAUAAGAUGCUGAGAAUUAGGCAUUUGUUCAAGCUGGGGUUUAUUUCCGAGCUUAAACUGGAUCAGUUGAACGCCUUGAAGCAUUACCGACAAACGUACGAUAAUUUGAAUGACCUUCGAAUUGUCGAUACCAACUGUCUCGAAAUUAAAACCAUUGCCGGUUUCGUGAACUACAAAAUCUGUCGACUGUUCUUCAAGGUGAAUGCUCCGAAGGAUUCUAUUUCCUACUUUAAGAACCACAUCAACAAGUAUCGUAGCCGGGCCGGAUUCAAGGAGCUGGUAUUUGAGCACUGGGCCUGGCUGAGUGUGCAGUACAGUGCUUUCGGGGAGUUAUUUUGCGAUGCGGUGAAAAAUGGGCUGGCCCCUCUGCAGACGCAACAUCCGGGUAUUUACUUCCACAAAGCCGCCGAGUACAUCGGCAAAAGGAAGGAGGCUUUCCUACAGUGUACGGCCCUGGCACCAGCGAUCGGGUGCGAAGGACAAUCGGUGGGAACCGAUGGCAAGCAAUCAUCAACCAGUCUGAACUCUGCCUUGUACAGUGACUAUUUUGGUAUCCGAGGAACUAAAACAGGUGAGCCUGUAUCCGAGCAACAGAUAAUCUGCCUCGUGCAAGAAAUGGAAAAAUCAUACAACCAUUCUGCGGCUAUCAUUAUUCUGCUGGGUCAGGCAAUGGCUCAGUAUAAGGUCUACAAAUGUCUGCGCUUCCGGAAGAAACUUGCCAUUGACAUGGCUGAAGAGUAUCUCAAAAGUGGCGACCACUCGAAAGCCCUCACAUUGUAUUCGCUGAUGUUGUCCGACUAUCGGGUUGACAAAUGGUAUACCAUUUUCUCUGAGGUAUUGCUAAAAACAUUACGAUCGGCGUAUCUUUCCGCAUCGGUGCCUCAUUUUGUUGAGUGUAGCAUUGAAGCCCUUUCACCUCGAAUCGCCAUGGAUAAAACGGAACGUAUUUUGAUUCUGGAAAACCUGUGGAAAGUAUUUCACAACGUGUCUCCGGUUUCGAGCAGUCAAAUAUCUCCCGAACUGUCCGCCAGUUGGAGCACGGCUUUAUCAUCCUUCAGUAGCCCCAUCAAGCUAGAUCUUGAUCGAUUGAAUGAUCUGAUCGAGUGUAGGAUCACGUUCGAUCAGCGUCAGAUAAAAAACGACGAAAAGCUGUGCCUGCAGCUGUAUAUUCGGUCUAUCGUAGACGUUCCUUUGAAGUUGAAGAACUUCUCCGUUCUCCUGACGGACCUCAAGUCCAAUGCAGUUCGGGUACCGGCCGCACAGUAUUGCGAGUACACUCCGACCGAACCGUCACCUGAGGAAACACUCAAACCGAUUGACGAACUCAUUUUGGAACCACAUAAAUGCUAUCGGAUUGUGUUCGCCGGCGAACGGUACCAAUUCAUGGAGAACGUCGAUGUGCAUAUUUUCCGACUGGAGAUGCAGAUGGGCUCGGAGCGAACGUAUGCAGUUUUGUCGCUGCGGGAGAAGCUCAACGUGCAGAAAGGGUUCAAGAGUUACAAUCCCCAUCGGGACUGUUUGGAGCAGAUCUCUGUGAUAAGUUCGUGUUAUAUCAUUCCAACUUUCCAUUUAGGAUCACAAACCAAACAAACUAAUCAACCAAUGUUGACGAAUGAGUUCUAUCGAAUUACGACGAAGAUAAUGAAUAAUUCGGAUCUCUGCCUGCAGAAUGUCGGUGUCAGCAUUAGCGUGCCGCAAAACUUACGAAGCAAUGUAUUCCUGACGACUGAUUUAGGUGGCCCUUUACAGAAAAUAAAUUCCCAAGUGCAAAUCGAUAUCGGUGAGCUGCAAAUGCAGUCAACCAGCAGUGUUUCCUACUACGUAACCAGCCUGAUCGAGGGUAACAUCGAGCUGCAUCAACGAUUGUAUUACCAAACGGAAAACCUACACCAAACCAAAUCGUCGACAAUGAUUUCGAGUGUGACAGAUUCUCCUUCCACCCCCAACAGCGAAAAAGAGGAUCUGGCCAAACUGCUGGCAAGCGAUCGCUCCGGCCAAAAGUACACCAACAGUCACAAUGUGAAAAUCGAGUACAUGAACGAGGAACAGGUGCGCAAGAUCAAGGAGGACACGAUCGUGGUACCGUGCGUGGAGGAAAUCAAGCUGACCGGUCGAUUCUACACAUUGAGCCGGCAGCCACUGGCGAGGGCCUACAAAAGCGAAGAUUUCCUGCUGAGGGUCAACAUGGAGAUCAAGGCACCGGACGGCGUAGAUGUGCUGGAGACGCAGUUUAUUAGUGAUCAUAACAUAGUCGAAAAGCCCUACAAGGGCCAACAGCGAAUCACCGGGGUAAAACUGCGACAGGGCACUCGUUUCGAGGACCUGCGACUGCUGAACUCCAUGAACUGCACCCGGGAUUGGAUUUCGCAAGGCGACUAUCUGAACAACGAUGUGCACCUUACCUUCAGCCGUAGCAGGACUCCGGAUCACGGUGCCCUUCAAACAGCAACGCCGUCUAACCGUGUGCCAGCCGACGAUCAGUUCAACCGAAGCCUGUUAGCGAAGCUUCCCACCAACGCAACGAUUAUCGGUAGCACCAAUGCAAACCUUACGAACCAGUUGAACCUACCAUUAACGAGUUCAUCCCCGUCUUUUAAUGCUGCCACCUCUGGAUCUUCUCCGGUACCACCGCUUCCUCAAACCGCAGGUACCGCGAUGACUUCUUCGACCGGAAGUGCGGACGAUUUCAAGGUGAAACCUCUAACUACCUCCACGGGAUCGGGAUCUGGCGUUGGUAACGAUCCACAGAAGGAAGAUUUUGGAAAAAGUCUAUCCCAUAUAAAGAACAUCUAUAACCACACGAUCGACUGUGUCCAGCUCACCAACAACGAGCGAAAUGGGUUCAUAAAUGCCGCGUUAUGUAUUCAGACUCCAGUGGCCGCACCAGUAGCGACCGGUUCGUUGAAGGGGCGUUCUGUGGAAACCCAUGGGCCCGACGGCAAGAGAAAAGAAAUGCUGCUAGUUUUUGGAGUGUACUGCAUUCGAUGGUGUCGGAGUAGUUCUCCCAAUACGAUAAAUGAGUCGAAGUUUGUGAUCGACGGCUUAGAGGUUAUAGAUCCCCCGUUGAACAUCUACUGCUACUUGGAAGAGAAGAUGUACGUUCGGGUACCGAUGACCCUCAAGGUUACUCUUAGGAACCCUACGAGAAAAAUCAUCCAACUGCAAGCACUGUUGAACAGUUCUGACAGCUUCAUGUUUUCCGGUCAUCGACAGCUGAACGUCACCAUAUUUGCCUUUUCGUCGUACGAUCUCGUGUACAACUUGUACCCUCUAAAAGCCGGUUGGCAGCCGCUGCCAGAGCUUCAGCUCGACUAUGUCCACCAGGCCGGUACGGACACGAGCAGCGGCGGAACGCAGUCUGGAAAGGGUACCCCGUUGCCGGCGGCGGGCAACAGUACCAGUGACUCCGCCAGCAAUACUCAGCAUCCCGGGGUGGUCGACUCCAGUGAUCCUACCGGUGAAAGCCAGGAAGCAAAACUGAAAGCGGAGCUGAAUGCACUGGUCAAACGAUGGAUGCCUAAAAUGGUUUUUAUUCAUCCUCCAACACGGAAGUAAAAUGAAGGGCAAGGAAAAGUAUUGACCGUUGACCGAGUCUCCCCCAAACAGUCAAACAAAUAAUCGAAAUAGGUGUGGUUUACCGGCGAAGCUGUGUAUGGUAAUUCUUCCUCUAUUUUCCAAUUAGUUCUUGAGUUUAAUGAUAGAGUAGAGAUAGAGUAUAAAUAGAACACAAUCGAGUUGAAUUAUUUUAUCGGUACCAUUUGUAUCUUGGGUAUCUCAGUAAGAUAUAUCCAUCGACAAAUGUUCGCAAAAGCACUGCAUUUCCAAGUGCUCCCGUUAAUUGGACUCAAUUCUUUUCAUAAAUAAGCAUUACAUUAGUAGAGUUAACAAAUUCAGUUUUAAUCCAAUUACUACGCGCUCUGUUUUGUGACUAGAAAUAUUUGUAGGGAUGCCAAUUAGGUAUGAUAGAAAAUGUUACUGAUUAUUGAUCUAAUCUUGAAUCAAAACAAAGAAAAUUGGUGCACGAUUGAUCUAAGAGCAAAGUGUUUGUUCAGCUAAUUCUGCAUUAGCUAACAAGGUGUAAUAUAAUUAUAAAUAGGAAAGUUAGCAAUCUGUGAAGCUAGUGGUUUUGAUGUUACAAAGUCUUAAUAGAUAAGUUGAAAAUGGAUACGAGUUACAAUAUUAUUUAUUGAUUUAA